GCCGCGGUCCCGAACUCCUGUCCUCCUCCGCUGUACAGUUGAGCGGCUCUGUGCUUGAGUUUCACUCAGGGAACACAACACCGAAACGGAGCGUUCCUGAGGACGGCGACUUGGCAGUUUAAUUCUUUGCUUUACAGAAGUAACAUGAUAAAAGCCAUACUGAUAUUCAAUAACCAUGGGAAACCCAGGCUUUCGAAAUUUUAUGAACAUUACACUGAAGACACAGAGCAGCAGAUCAUCAGGGAAACGUUUCACCUGGUAUCAAAGCGGGAUGAGAACGUCUGCAAUUUUCUUGAGGGUGGAAUGUUGAUAGGUGGGUCAGACAACAAGCUGAUCUACAGACACUACGCCACGCUGUACUUUGUCUUCUGUGUCGAUUCUUCAGAGAGCGAACUUGGCAUUCUAGACUUAAUCCAGGUGUUUGUGGAAACGCUGGACAAAUGUUUUGAGAAUGUCUGUGAGCUUGACCUCAUUUUCCAUGUCGACAAGGUACACAAUAUCCUAUCUGAGAUGGUGAUGGGUGGCAUGGUCUUGGAGACCAACAUGAAUGAGAUCAUAACACAAGUGGAUUCCCAAAACAAACUUGAGAAGUCUGAGGCUGGCAUUGCAGGGGCUCCUGCACGUGCUGUUUCAGCAGUAAAGAACAUGAACCUGCCAGAAAUGCCCAAGAACAUCAACAUUGGAGACAUCAGCAUAAAAGUGCCAAACUUGCCAUCUUUUAAAUAGCAGCAGUGGACAGGAUGGGCAGAUGUAUAUGCUAAAUGUUUACCAAACACAAAGUGAAUAUCUUGUUACGAAGGUACUGUGUGAUUUCCUGUCAUGUUGCUUCUGGUCUUGGAAUGCCAUUUAUGUGUCUUUUUUUUUUUUUUUACUCUAUGGAACCGAAGUAUUUAUUUAUUACAUUCCACUGGCCUUUCUGAAGGUUUGCGCCUACAAUUUGGCUGCUACAGUAUUUGAAGAUCAUGUCUUUAUAAUGCUUUGUACAUCAGACCUAAAAUUGUACUCAAUUAUGGAAACAUCAAAGUGAUGCUGUAUAUGCUUUAAUUGUAUUACUGGUAUUAUACUGUAUGUAAUCAGAGUAUUUUACAUAAUUUAUCUUUUCUUACUCAAGCAAUGCUUUUAUCUUAAUCAGUGCAUGU